CUUCAAGAGGGGAACAAGAAUUUUCCGAGGCGAUACCUGCAGACGACAAGUGCAGCGUCGCAACUCCAAGUCGUGCAAACUACGCGAAGCAGAACGUUCACAAACGAAUCAAAUCCAGCAAAUCCGCACCAGCCGAAAGGUUCGCCGUCACUGGCAGCGCAUUUGUACGCUUUGCUGGGAACAUCAUCCUCCUUGUUACCAACACCGGACGGUCGACAAGGUGUGCCAGGAGCGGUCGUGCAAAGAACUACAGGUGCUGGCGCACAAGAAGACCAUGACGUAGCAACACAACUCGUUGACAAGGACGACACAGGAGAGGAUCAAGAUGAAGACACGACCACUAGUCCUGCCGGGAUGUUGCCUACAUCCUUCACCGGCUGGCGCGCACAUCACAGUAGUUCCACCAGCAAAAAUUACUACGGAAGAGCAAUCAGUGGCGUUUUGGUCGGCACCGGCCCUGCUACUUCCUCCACCUCGCAGCUCGAUCAGGAUUGUCGUCCGGCGUUUCACUUUCCACAGUUCUCGAGGACGCGAGAAGAAACGACUGAGUUCCUCUCUCCAAGUACACGAACUACCGGUGGGGCUCUUCUUGAUGCUCGUCGAGCAGGUGGGCCCGCGACAAAACCAACACAGCGGCCAGGUGCUCGUAGACAAAAUCCUAACACAUCAUUUCCUUCCCGCGC